AUCGCCCCAAAAUUCAAAAACCAUAUCCUAUAAAUAUAUGGACCAUUAACAGCCACUUUCCUCGAUCCCUCUAUUUCACCGGCCAUGGCUACGGUAUGUAGCAGGCAGCUCUUCCUGCAUCUAAGAGGAUUCGUCGGCUCGAAGCUGCCAUUUUCGUCGGCUCUGGUUAGUCCUCGAUUUCACUUACCGGAAAACAAGAAAAAUUGGGGUUCGAGACUAGUUUUAACUGGUGAAUUUACCGGCUGUGUUGUUCCUCGAGCAUCUCCGACGAACGGAAACAUCACUCCAGCCGGAGACGAUGAAGAAGGAGUGUCUUUGGGAACGAUGAGACUGCCUAUGAAUACCGAUCUCGAUAGAUUUGAAGCCUUGCUGUUUCAGUGGGCCAACAGUUUAUCCCAAGGUGCCCAAUUACCACUUCCCAUGCCUCUAAAGGUUGAUAAAAUCCAAGGAGGAGUAAGGCUCGGGUUCAUUACAAUUGGGGAUGGAGUCACGGAGGUCCCUGUGUACAUAGACUGUUUGGUUUUUCCGGCAGUUGCAGGUUCAACGCCCGUUUUUCGAGCCGUAAGAGAUGGGCCGAUGAAAGACCGGUCACCUCCCGGAGAACCGAGAAUCAUGAAAAGCCUUCUUGCUGCCCUUAAAAAAUCGGUUGAAUUAGCUACACUUUGAAACCGUUUCUUUUCUUUUUAUGUUACUUUUUGCUUGCAUAUGUCUUUAUACAAUUACGUUUACAUAUUUGGUUGUCGGUAAGAAAUUGUUGGUGUUUUAACCCCACUCGUUUUAACCGUUUUAUCAAGAUUCUUAAACCUAAUGAACUUGGGUUUAGAAGUC